UUUCCCAAUGGGGCCAGUAUUGUCAAUUAGUCAAUAACACAUCAGAACGUCAUGAAAUCCCCUGCUUCUUCUUCUUUUUCCUUUUCCUCGUAUUAAAGUCGAACCAUCACAGUUUCGAUUUUCGGUUCUUCAAUUAUUCCACAUUCUUUCAUCAAAAUUCUCACUUCACAAAACCCAUCAAUCUCAACCACAUCCCUUCUCAAUUAUUCCUUUCCUCUGUUUCACUUCUCAAAACACACUGAUUAUUAAAGAAUUGCAUGUAGUUUUGCACUAGUGCUGAUCAUCAUCAUUAUGACGUCAGGAACAAGGAUGCCGACGUGGAAGGAAAGGGAGAAUAACAAGAGGAGAGAGCGAAGAAGAAGAGCUAUUGCAGCUAAAAUAUUUGCUGGAUUAAGGAUGUUCGGUAAUUAUCAACUACCUAAACAUUGUGAUAAUAAUGAGGUACUUAAAGCUCUCUGUAAUGAAGCUGGAUGGACAGUUGAACCCGACGGCACCACCUACCGCAAGGGCUGCAAACCAAUGGAGAGAAUGGAUUUUAUAGGCGGUUCCACAUCAUUAAGUCCUUGUUCAUCUUACCAACCAAGCCCUUUCACUUCCAACAAUCCAAGUCCUUUCACUUCCAACAAUCCAAGCCCUGCUUCCUCUUCCUUUCCCAGUCCAGCCUCUUCCUCAUAUGCAGCAAACCUAAACAUGGACGGAAAAUCCCUCAUCCCGUGGCUUAAAAACCUCUCGUCUGGAUCUUCAUCAGCUUCUUCCUCCAAACUCCCUAAUUUUCAUAUUCAUACUGGCUCCAUCAGUGCUCCAGUGACCCCUCCUUUUAGCUCGCCAACUGCCCAAACCCCUCGGAUUAAAACAGAUGCUGGCUUGGCUGGAUUUCGCUACCCUUUCCUUCCAUCAUCGACACCAGCAAGCCCUGUUCGUCAGACAUUUACUGGUGCAGAAUGGUAUGCUGGAAUUAGUGGACCACCUUCUCCAACAUACAGUCUUGUUGCGCCUAAUCUGUUUGGGUUCAAGAUUGAGGGUCUUUCCCGUGGUGGAUCUCGUAUGUGCACUCCAGGGCAGAGUGGUACAUGUUCACCUGCUAUUCCUGCAGGCUUGGAUCAUACUGCUGAUGUUCCCAUGGCUGAUAUGGUGAUCUCUGAUGAGUUUGCAUUCGGAAGCAAUGCUGCAGGGAUGGUGAAGCCAUGGGAAGGGGAGAGGAUCCACGAGGACUGUGUUCCGGAGGAUCUUGAGCUUACUCUUGGGAGUUCAAAGACCAGGUAAAAGUUGAAGUGUGCAAGCAAGCAGAAUUGGCUACUAUUAAUGUUGAGGUAUGAUGGGGUUAAAAAGAAAAAAAGGUUUAGGCUGUCUCAGGAGUUGCUAUUAUUAUUGCGUCCACCCUUCCCCUCACCCAAUUCUGUUGUAAUAUCGUUCAAGUCAAGAGUACAGUUCUUGAAUAUGGACGGAACUUUGAAAUUAGGACAUAAUUUUUAAUUUUUUCUUUUCCUAUUAGUUCUGAGUAUUGGAAAAAAAAUUCUGAUUGCCGUGAAGGGAAAAAAUGGAAACUGAGGUCCAUC